AUGCAGCCGACUUCGUGCGGUUCGCUGACGACAUGCGGUUCGCUGCGUAACUGGCGGUUCGCUGACGACGUGCGGAUCGCUGACGACGUGCCGUUGCGCUCAGGACGUUCGUUCUACUCAGGCAAGUCGUCAAUGUCUAAUAAAAAUGAAAAUAACAUGGACAAUACUCCCAAAACCUACGGCCCAAAGGCUACGGUGGCACAAAUUUUCGCUACAACAGCGCAGAACUUUCUAUUAAUUGGAUUGGGCAUGGAAAUAGGAAUGCCCACAAUUGUUAUUCAACAUUUAUAUCGAAAUUCGGACAGUGAAUUCUCAUUAACCUUAACUGAAGUUUCGUGGUAUGGGAGAAUAUUGUUUAUAUUUCAUCCGACCGGAAGUUUUAUAUCGGGAUUCCUGCAAGAAAGAUAUGGAAGGAAACGGUGUAUGAUUCUCGCCAACGUUCCCAGUAUUUUCGGAUGGAUAUUGCUGUACUACACACACUCCACAGUUUCACUUUACUCGUCCACCGUGCUGAUGGGCUUGGGCAUAGGAUUCAGCGAAGCCCAGAUAUUGUUGUACGUCGGCGAAAUAACCGAACCGAGACUCAGGGGAUCGAUGGCUUCAUUGGGGUGUACCUCGUCUAUGCUUGGAGUGUUGUUGACUUACUUUUUGGGAUAUUUAUUCGAAUGGAGAACCGUCGCAUUGCUGAGUACACUUUGUCCGAUCACGUGUAUAUGCCUUGUGAUUUUGAUUCCAGAGUCUCCAGUGUGGCUGGUUUCCAAAGCGAAAAGCGAAAAAGCCAAAAAUACCUUGUGUUGGUUAAGAGGAUGGGUAGAACCCGAAAUUGUCAAAACCGAACUCCUUGAACUCAUCCGAUAUAACGAAGUAUCUGGAACUCAUCGAAGAACCGACGAUGUUAAUAUUAGGAAUUUAUCAUCAAAAUUAGCCGAGCUUAAGGAUCCUUCGGUGUACAGACCUUUUAUAUUUAUGAUGUUUUAUUUCCUGAUUUCCGAUAUCGUUAGCAUUGUACCUUGGAGACCGUAUACCAAUAAAAUCGUGACAGAACUUGGUACACCGAAUAAUUAA